UUAUGUUACAUGCAAUGACGUCACACUGAAGUAAGAUAAGGACAAUAUUUCGUUGGUGGAUGUGUUUGUCGAAUUAACAGGAUGUUGGUGUUUAUUUUCCUGCUACUACUUCAGAUAGUACAGAUUGAAGGCGAUCGCUGUCCAGAUGCAUGGAUCCGGUACGGUAAUUCCUGCUACAUGUUUAUUGGUACCCCGGAGACAUGGAUGGAGGCAUCUCAACAAUGUGUGUCGAUGGGAGCGGCUUUAGCAGCUAUCGAGACUGUCGAAGAAAAUGCAUUCAUAACUGGUUAUCUGAAGGUGUUUGGCGAUAUUGGUGCUGAUAUGACGACAUGGAUAGGUGGCAAUGACAUGGAGAUAGAGGGAAUAUGGAAAUGGUCCCCGAGUGGAGAACGUGUGACAUACACUGACUGGGGAUCCGGGGAGCCAAAUGGUUGUGUAACCUGUGGAGACUGUAUGAUCAUUUGGCCCAAUUACAACUACAAAUGGGGUGAUCUACCGUGCCACACACAAGAAAGGUUCAUCUGCGAAAAACAGAUUACUGACGGAGGCCUUGUUGGAUAAUCACCAUGGUGAUAUAUUCAACAGGCGGGACAUAAAAUGUUCUCAUAUUAAAGUGUAAAACCUGGCAAA